AUGGCAAGGAAUGUCUGGAUAGAAUGUCCCACUUCACUGUUUUGCAGGAGCUGCACAGACAUCAUCUGCCUCUUCCUGUUCGUUUUCUUCCUUUUCGGAUGGGCCAUUGUGGCAUUCUUUGCAUAUCGCAGUGGCAAUCCUGAGCGCCUCAUUUACCCUACUGACAGCCAGGGGAACAUCUGUGGGCAGCCCCCUUAUGAGGACAAGCAGUACCUGUUCUUUUUUGACAUCACUCAAUGCCUGAAAAGGGCCUACAAGCCAGGUGACCUGUUGCCUUCGCUCAUCUGCAACACACCACAGGUGUGCGUGUCACAUUGUCCCAACGAGACUUUCUGGGUUGACAAUGCCGGGAAUGACAAAGAAGACCUCAUUCGUUCAAAGCUAAUAUGCCAGUAUGACGUGGACCCAUUGGAUAAGAAAAUAGCUCUUAAGGAUUUGACUGGAAACGACCAAAAGUGUGCUUCUUAUUAUCUCAAGAGCAGUAGUGUUGCCAGGAGAUGUCUUCCUGGGAGGCUGGAGUUUGAUUCUGAUGGGAAGGUCAAGGAUAUGAUCAACGAUGGGAAAAUUGUUGAAGCGGUCUCGGCUAGAAAGCUGGCUAAGAAAACCAAGAACUCUAUUGAACUGAUUCUUGCAGGCCUGUCAAGUGCCAAGGAUGUUGGUGAACUUGCAUUUCAAGACUUCAAGAUUGCAUGGCCCCACAUGCUCGUUGGGCUCAUCUGUGCCAUGCUGGUGGCAUUCCUCUGGAUUGCUCUCAUGCGCUGGCUAGCGGCUGUCAUGGUUUGGCUGAGCAUCCUCUGCUUGGUGCUGCUCUUCUCCUUUGGCUCCUACUACAGCUUCAGCAAGUAUAUUGAGCUGCGCAGCAAUGCGGACAGUGGCACCGAGAGCCUCAUCAAGCAGUUUGAUGUCUCCGUCUCAUUUACACAGAAUCUGCGAGCCUACACUGCCAACAAGAACACCUGGUUGGUCCUGGGCAUUGUAUCGGUUGGGAUCCUGAUUAUUCUCCUGCUUCUGCUCAUCUUCUUGCGAAAGCGUAUCGUGAUUGCCAUUGCUCUAAUCAAGGAAGCCAGCAAAGCGGUGGCCCUCAUGCCCUCAGCACUAUUCUUUCCCAUCCUGCCGUACCUGCUGCACCUGCUGCUGUUUGCCUUCUGGGGAUCGGUUGCUGUAUACCUUGCCUCCAGUGGCACUGCCGAGUUUAAGUACAUGAACAUGACUCAUGGAAAUAACAGCUUGACUACACAAAGCUGCUCUGCACAGGACUUCAACAAGACAUUGUCUCAUCUGCGGUGUCAGUUCACUCAGUAUGUUGCCAACCAGCACCUGUCGCGACUGCAGAUCUACAACUUCAUUGGUCUCAUCUGGGGCAUGUUCUUCAUAGUGGGAUUGGGCCAGGUGGCUUUGGCUGCGGCCUUUGCCUCCUACUACUGGGCCUUCCGCAAGCCGCAGGAUGUGCCUUUCUUUGCUGUGCUUCAUGGACUCUGGAUAACCGUCCGGUACCACUUGGGAUCAGUUGCAUUUGGCUCCCUCAUCCUGACGAUAGUCCGUGUCAUACGAAUUGUGCUCGAGUACAUUGAUGAGAAGCUCAAGAAGUACGACAAUGAGUUUACCAAGUGCCUCUUGAGAUGCUGCAAGUGCUGCUUCUGGUGCCUUGAGAAGUUCCUCAAGUUCUUGAACAAGAAUGCCUAUAUCAUGAUCGCUAUUUAUGGCAAAAACUUCUGCACUUCUGCAAAAGAGGCCUUCAAGCUGCUCAUGCGCAAUGUGGUGCGAGUUGUUGUGUUGGACAAGGUCACCGACCUCUUACUGCUUGUUGGGAAACUCGUCAUUGUUGGCAUUGUUGCGGUGCCAACAUUCCUCGUGUUUUCUCGCAAGGUGGAUGCACUCAACAACCACUUGCCUGAACUCAACUACUAUAUGCUGCCCAUUCUGACUAUCUCUGUGGGUGCAUACAUCAUAGCAUCAAGCUUCUUCAGUGUGUACAGCAUGGCUGUGGACACACUGUUCCUCUGCUUCUUGGAAGAUUGCGAGAGGCACGAUGGAUCUGAAGAGAAGCCAUACUACAUGUCCAAAGAGCUCAUGAAGAUCCUGGGAAAGCAGAACAGGCUGCAGGAGGCAGACAAGUGAUUGCCCUGGCCCUUUUUUGAAAUUGUGCUCCGACUUGCUCAGCUGUAAGAAGCCCAUUUUGCUUAGCCUCGGCAUGCACACGAUCCCGACUCUGAAAAUGCGCCACGAGUGCCAGGAAAUCACUUCAGCUUGCGGGCAGAAAACUUGCAGUGGCCUGUGCUGGAAAGCGAAAACAAAAAACUAAUUCUCUGCAGAUACAAGAAAAACUACUUUCAUGGCGAGUAACUGGUUGUUGUUCUUUUGUGCACAGCAUUAUAUGUAUUGGAUGUUGCAUAAGCAGAGGUGCUUCAGCUGUGGAGCAUGCCGCUCCAAUUUCUGCAACUCUCAAUGUGCGAUAGGUGUUGAACCGCAUGCAUGCGUUGUUUUGGUGCCUUUGUAUUUUAUUCAUGCUUGGUCACUCAUUUAACAAGCGCACAAGGCUGCACUGCCAUUCAUAUUUCGUUUUUUGUAGAAGUGGAGACCAUGUGCUGGAAAGGUGUCAAUGCUCCGAUUUCUGCAACUUUCAGCAACUUUCAAUGCGCAAUAGGUGUUGUGCUGCAUGCGUGUGUCGUUCUGAUGGCAUUGUAUUUCAUUCGAGCUUCGGCACUCAUUUAACAAGCGCACAAGGCUGCACUGCCAUUCAGGCUUUGUUUUUAUUGAAACCAUGUGCUGGAAAGGUACUGAUGCUUCUUUGCUCACCUAAUUUAUGUAGCCAAAUGUACGUGUACUAACAAAAGCCUUGUCCCCAAUUUUCUGGAAUAGAACCUUUACAAAUUUGGUUCCACACUCACCAAAGGAAUCUCCCUUUUUCUGAUGGAAGUGGUCCGUCUCGCAUUCAGUGUGAUGUACUCAAUUCCUUCAGGUCCCGAGUCUGACGGCAAGAUACCUGUGAAUUUGUGUGCGCAAAUUAAGACAAGGACACAGAAAAGACCGGACAGGGACAGGAACCUUGUCCGGUCUUCUCGGUGUUCUUGUCUUAAUUUGCGCACACCAGUUUACUUUGAAGUAUGAACCAACUCGCGCAGCUGCAAGUUUUCCUAAAGAUACCUGUACCACUGUACAAAAUACCCGUCCAAGUUGGUUGGUGUCAUUAUGUUUUGUAACCUUGGCAGUUUCAGGCGAAUUGUUAUUUUAAUUUAAAAAAUUGUUCAGAACUGAAUACAGUGUUAACUUUUGUAAUUCUUUAUAUGGUACACUGCCUUUAUAUAUUGUGCACAAUAGUUACCACAUGGCUAUUCAGACAUCAAUUUGGCAAGGGGGUGGGGGGGACGACACCUGUGGGGAAGUGUCAGUUUCAGCCAACCAAUUUGUCUUGCAGCAGAAAUUUGGGGUGUGUGACAGCUCUGGCAUCAAAAGUAUGUGUCACACGUUGAGUGACUGUCAUCUUUUGCUUUGAUUUGUUACUGUCAAGCCGACACCUUGAAGGUGCAUGUCUAGUAUUGCAUCAGCAUGAAUUGGCCCUCGCCAGGAGUUGGUUCCAUGCGGGUUUCUGGUCAACUUGAUGUGAAUUUUUCAUUGGCACCAAUGUUGCUGCAGAAAAAGGUCCAUGGACCUGUUUAUGUUGCUGUGUGACCUAGCACAAGGACUCUUUUUGGUGUGUGGUAAUGUGGGAUGCUGCCCAGUGCCAUCCUCCAGCGAUAUGCUGAGUGAAAAAUGUUUCGGUCGCAUAUUCAUUUCCAAAAUAAUGUCCCAGUUUUCAUGGCAUCUUGUAUGGCAUGUCUGUGUGAUUUGGCUUAGACACAGCACUGAAAAUUGACAUUCACUUUAUUUGCAGGGAAGUUGAGUGCUAACAAGCCAGCUAUUUCACUGCAUCAGGUGCAAAUGCAGUGAGAUCGCACUAAUUCGAUCUCUAUAUUUGUAUUGAUGAAUAAUGUGCAUUACACGGCUGGUUAAGGUGAAGUUUUAUGCGUUUCAAUAAUAGAAAACUGCCAAAAACUGAAGCUUUUAUGAAUUGCUCUGCCCGUCAGUUAUUUCACAGAAAACUUGUGCUGCUUCCAGGACCGCUUUUCAACACAUGUAGAUACCAGCAGCUUGUCUCCCUCAAUCAUUUAACCCUCUGCAAAUGGAGCAAAGGCUGUCUCGUGCUUUUCUGAACCCUGCCAAUACUCCGCCUCACGCCUGAAUGCACGUUUGGCCCCUUUGCUUUGCUUCUGGCGCUAAGGCAGCCGUGUAUGUGGCAGCUGUCCCGAGGGGAUGUGGCGUUUGCUGUUUUGUCAGCAGAGAUAGCCCACGCACCAUAUUGAUUCAGAGCUCCUUUCAUUAUUUUUUCUUCUCCUCCCUUCUCUGUGCACCACGCUCUCUUAUUGGCUGCAUCUCUAUCAUUUCUUAACAGGAAUCAAGGUUUGCGUAGAUGAGGGUCCUACUCUCCUGUGCCCUCAGUGCAUUUACAGUGUGGUCAGCAGUAAAAUUUCUUUUGCCCUCUGUUUUUUUAUUCUUUUUUGUCAACGCUGUAUAUAGGGUCUGAGGGGUGGAGUUUCAGGGCUCACGGCGGGGAAGGAGGCAUUGCUGCCAUUGUGAGGCGAGCGACUUGAGCUGAGCAUGCUUUUUCUUUCCAUGGGGUUCAGUGCUCUCCCAGUCAGGUUUCACUGGCUUGUUUCUGGCAACAGGAGCAACAUAGCUGUCCUAUAGGACAGCCAUGUUGCUAGAAAAGGUUGGCAAACCCUUCUAGCCUUAUAACUGACGUGGCCUUCUGUGAAACCAGUGUAGCCACAAUAGAGAGAGGCACUUUUGGAAAGUAACGUGAAGGGUACCCAAGAGGCUGACAGCUCAUGGCAAGCCAGAACACAUCGAAUGAGCGCGACAAACCACACUGAACGUAUGUCAAAACAAAGAAUGCUCAAGAUGCUGCUAAGCAUUACCAGGGAUUUGGGAAAUAAAAAAUAACAAACACUGACCAGGUAAGAAAUCUUGAAUACAUGUUGGUAGUCAAGUCAAGCACUUGUGACAGAGUACUCGGGAAGCCAGUGAAAACAGCUCGUGGCCAAAAGUGGAGAAUGUGGCAAAAAUGCAAACGUUAGCUAGUUUAGACAGUCAAGUCUGGUGGUAGGAAUUGGAGGUAGGAAUUCAUUCACUGAGAAGAGAAAGAGAGAUUGAUUAUGUGAUGGGCAUUUCACUCUCUAUAGCUGGAUGACUAGAGACCUUUCUUUCUACUUGCAUUCGGUCUCUAAACUACAUUUCACCUCAAUGUCUUUAUUGUUCUGUCUGGAUUGUUGCACACACUCAUCAUUUUUCACAUGGGUCUGUUCAGCAAGGUACAGCUUCACUUGCUCAUCAAUUUCCACAGGGCUUGAAGGCAGUGUAAUUAUUUACAUGUGUAUAUUUCUCUAAAUGAACCAGCUACUGCAUAUUGUAUGGUGCACUCUCUUCUAAUAACUGCAACCUUCCCUCUCCCUGUCCAAAAAAGGCCCUUUCGCACUAAUCUAGAAGAGUGUGCUGAGACGGCCCAUGCAGUACCUUCCAGAAACUUGGCUCGAAGCAUUAGGUGCCCUAUUCAAAAGGGCUCUCUCGAGUACUAACUCAAUUUUACUUCAACUAAUUUCCAGUUUACUUGGAAUUAAGGAUUGUUCCACUGUGUACAGUUAGGAUAAUUUGCAUCAGAUAAGGUAGACAACAGUUCCAGAACUUUUCAGCCAAAGCGCUGAAGCAAGCUCUAAAUGUGCAUUAUCAGUCUCUAGCAGUAUGUUGUUGCCGCACAACAUGUUAAGGGGACGUACUGUGAUUUGAAGGCCAGGCAGGUGACUACGAGUAACCCUACGAGGCCAUGACUGCUCUUGACACUUUUGGGAGAUGUGUGUUGCCAAAAUUACCUUCCCGUCUACGAAGAUGCAUUUGUAAGCGACUCAUAGUUAGAAGUCAUAUGGGAAAGUAACGCGUGGUUCUUGUGCAUGGUGCACCAUUGUUGAAAGAAGCAACGUACUUGCAUUUAAUUUUGCCAACUUUUCUUUUUCUAAGGCUGAUAGUUUGAAGUAAAAAAGUUCCAUGAGCAGAAUUUUUCAAUACCCAAAUGGUGCCUAGUGCACUUACUUUUAUAAUGACAACUUCUUUGCAUGGCAUUGUUUUGAACUCUGUCAUCUGGUCACUAGCGUAAUGGUGAUAUGUGUGUCUGAAAACAAUGAGCUUGCUUUAUCAGUUGACACUCAUGUUGUGAGGCAUUAAUGUUCUUGAACGUUCGGUGUUACGGGUAUGAAUGCCGGACUGGUAAGAGUGCAGGCACUUGUACCGCCUGCCCUCAACGACGGUUGCUCUUUUUACCACAGCACCACUCAGUAAUCUGUGUGUCGGCCCAACAACACCAUCGCGUCAACGUGAUAAUAUAUUGCAAGUAUUAUUGUUGUGCAUGAAGUUUUGCUAGAAAGUCUUUUUUUCAUUGGUGUAUUGUACAGCCUAGCUUUCAACUAACACUGUGGUGUUACAAACCCUAGAGCUUUGGGAGGAAUAAAGAUGCUCAAUAAUGAAACUAUACAUAAGCUUUUAUUGUAUGUUAGGGCAUUCGAUUGUACAGUUGUUGACUGUCUAGGUGCCUUUUUAGUUACUGCCUUUUUUUUUUUUGUAAAAAAAGUGGGGGGAGGGGGGCUCUAGUGAUUUGUCAAACUUGCUGAUAACUAACUAAAGAGACUUAUUUUUGAUAAUACAAUCAUAAUUGAAACGUGGCUGUGCAUUGCUGCACCAAAUUGUGAAGCCAGUGUUGGGGCAUGUGCCCCUGCUGUGCACUACAUCGUUGUCGCCCAGCAGAGUAGAAGCACUCGUGGGGCAUUACCUAUGUGCCAACAUCUUGUGCAAUGUGUGGAAGUGCACGCAACUUUGCACAAAACAUUCCCUCGCAUAUACACUACAAUUAUUAUUAAAGAUGGGCAAUAAUUAAUAUAUAAUGUCCCUCGAUCAUGACAGUAUUGUCUGCCGAUGCCUAAAGCCAAGGGAAUUAAGGAAGAAUUAAGUAAUCAUAUCGGUGCAUUUGUAAUGUGCUGAUGAGAUUUUGUACUUUGUGUAGGAAUCCGUUUGUGUUGAUCACCAAGUUCAGUGUUAACAGCACACUGAAAUGUGUGAAAAAGGUAACUGCUUAUGACAGUGUUUGGCAAACUUGCACAAAACUUGCACCAGUGUGAGAGUGCAACUGUGGCAUGAUAUGCUAAGUGAACCCAUAUACGCUACUGUAAUACUCCUGCUGUGCUGUAAUGAUCGGUUUGCUUAAACAGAGCGCAAAUGUUUGUGAAGCAGCUCUCGGCUUGCGAAGAGACUAUGUGGUGUCUGACAGAGAGAUGCCCGUCACUGCUGUCUUUUACCUCAAUGACUGCACUUUAGAACACCACUGGGGUAAAGCAGUUUUGCUUGGAGACACCAAUAGUGAUCACAGUGUGUUAAGUGGCCUAAGUUGUGGGGAACAGGUGUUCGCUGAAUUAUUACUAGAGCAUCCUUAAAAAAGAAGUUCACCUAGACUGUGUCCCUACAGUUGCUAGAAAGCUAUACCUGAAGGCUUCUUUUGACUAGAUGUGCUUUUGUGUAGAGCCAUAACACCAGGGUAGAGAUGUGGGCUUUGUCAUAACAGAAUGGCAUGCAGCAUGAUGUAGAAACAAACAGACACAACAGAUAACGAAGGAACACAAGCGCCAGCUUCAUGUGAUGAAGUUUAUUUUUAGGAUUGGUCAUACUUUUAAACAAACAAAAGCAUGUAUGUAUCGACAUCGGUGCUUUUUAGGGAGCACAGAAAGAAAGUCAAGAAUGAACUUUUUUUAGCUUUUCUCUGAAAACAAGUGCACAUCACCUCGUUCUGGCACAUUGUUUACAUAAAUUAAUGGGAGCCUAUGAUAUAAUUGUAAAUGGCCACCGACUAAUAUAUAAUAAUAUCUUCACUAAAAUUGCUUACCGAAGGUAUGGAUGCCUUGAAGAGCGAAUUCAUCCAGAGCGUAAUAUUGGGGGUUUUCUUGUGUUUGUGGUGUUGUAUUAGUUAUGAAAUUGCAUUCGUGUUGAGGCUUUCGGCCUAAGUAGACAUGUGUUAAGGCAGUGCUACAAAUGAAUUGUUUAUUUACACAAAGUUCAUUCUAGUGGUGUGCUGUAAUUCUAGAAUAACUUCAGCCGCUUCUGGCAAAGGAAGCUGGGUGACCUCUAGGCCCCUGCAGCUGACUAUUCUGAACAGUGGGGGCUGGUACUAAAGGCGACCAUUUUGUUUUUGGAGCCAGUUGAGCUGUCAGAUAGAGUAGCAGCUGUCUGGCAAAUGAUGCUGGCGUGAUGCUGCACUGUGCGGUCGGUUGGGUGCUCUAGUAGAGGCAUCUCCUGGGCCAGCAAAGAAAGACCGCUAGUAGUCUCCGGGAUCAAAAAAUAGUUGCAUUCAGGAUGGGGCCGUAUGACGUGGGUUCGCUGUAUGUGCCCUUUGGUGCGGAAAUAUUCAAGCGCCUUUGAAUAAAAAACGCCACAGAGCGCAUCACGUCUCAUUCAUUGCAGAAAUCCGUGCAUAAGGAACACUACAGUAAAGUUGUAAAGCAAUUCUAAAUAUUGUUACUGGUCUUUUUUGAAUUACGCUCUUAAACUUCAGUACCUGAUUGUUCGCGUCACAUCGCAAAUAUUUUUUUGGCCACAUUGGCAAAAUGGAAUUUCCUGUAUUCUGCUAUUUGGAUUCCUCAAAGUACAAUGAAUAAUAAUUCUAAUAAGUAAAUGGGGGCGUUAACAACGGAAGUACUCGAUUUCUGCAUGUUCUUGCAGGAGAGGCCACCCCUCUACGUGUUUUGUCACAAAGAGUGGUAUUUGGCAAUUAAGAGAUAAUUAGCUAAGAUAUUCUCUUGUUAAGCGUGUCAUAAAACAUGUUAAAGUUAGUGCCGAGCCUUGCAUUACUGGAAACAUUGUGUUUCACAAUACCUAGACAAUUAUUUCAUUUUGUGAGUUGAAAGAAAUCUUGUGCCAGUGAAUUCAAAACACGACAGCAGGCACGAUUUCUCAUAUGAGUGAAAUACUAAGCUUUUGCUGAAUGCUCUCUUAUAUAGUAAGAAUAAUUAAAUAAUCAAAUAUUGAGCCCACACACACAGUCAACUUGUGAUAAUUCAAACUCUAAUAACUCAAACUUUUGGUUAAUUCAAACAAAAUUCAAUUUUUGGUUGGCCCUCUAUUCUUUGAGUGUAUUUAAAAGUGUCGUAAUUCAAAUGUCAUAAUUUGGUUAAUUCAUACUUUUUGCAGGUUCUUGCCAGAAAAUAUCAGUUGCUUUCCCACUAUCAUUUAAAAUUUUGUGUGCUUAUAUAAUCCUACUAGUCUAAAAAUGAAAAAUAAGCACCUGAGGCCUUCAAGGAAAAAAGGUUUUGCAAGUAAACAAAUGUUUGAAACAAAGCACACCCAUGGUAAACCAUGAUGCAUCUAAACGGCUGUAGACCCUUUCACUGUUUAAAAACACAGGCAACUGAUGACAUCCAGUUUAGUCCACCUAUGUGCCCUAUUAGCAUUGGUGGGCAAGAAGAGUGUCGGAAAAUAGCGUGCCGAUUUUCAACACUUUUCUUGCCUUAUUUGACAAAAUAUAUUCAAAUAUAGGUUCUUUUGAGCUACAUUAAAUUCAUAAGAUUCCUCUGAACAAUAUGCACAUUCUUUUUAUCUGAAAAAUUAAUAAGAGACUCAUUACUCUUGAAAAAACGUGAAAACGACCUUUCAGUUUCGACGAUAGAAGCUGGUGACCAGAAGUUUUUUUGGGGCACGACGCUUGCAAUCUUGAAACUGUCUAUAGAGAGCUUUGUGCUGAAGACACAAUCCUGUAACAAUGAAAGAGUUGGCAAUUCACUAUUUUUUUAAAAGGUUUGAUCAGCAGUAAAUGGCAAAUAAACUUGUUGAUUUUACA